GCGUCCUGCGGUGAUGUGAUCAAGCUCCAGGUGAAGGUGGGCGAGGACGGCACCAUUCAGGAUGCCAAGUUCAAGACUUUCGGCUGCGGCUCAGCUAUCGCUAGCUCCUCUUAUGCCACGGAGAUGAUCAUCGGACAGAACAUCACCGAGGCGUCGAAGAUCAAGAAUACCGACAUCUCUUCGCACCUGAAGCUGCCUCCAGUAAAGAUCCACUGCUCUGUUCUGGCCGAGGAGGCUAUCCAGGAAGCUUUCCACCGACUGCACCGUUGUGGAUUGCCCUUCGCCACCGCUCAAGUUGAGUAUUCAGUCCAACCGGCAGGAAGCUGA